UUCGUCAGCCAGUCAUCGUUCAGCGUCUCUGGGGAGAGGACGAGCUCGCGCCAAAGUGCCGUUUUUGUCGUGGUUCUCGACGUCUGUCUCCCGCGUAAAGUCCCUACCGUCCGUCGUCGGCGUCCAUCCGGAAAGGGAGAGAACCUCUGUGUCGAUUUGUUGAGUUUGGCAUAUGCGCAUUGUUGUGUUGUUGGUUUGUGGAACAUUGUGAAGUUAGUGUGUGAUCAGUGAGCGUUUUCGUGAAGUUUCUACGGCUGGCCGGGUGGAAAUUGAAGAAUUGAAGCGUGCAAAAGCGUCCUCGAAGAAGUGAAUAAUUUCAGUGAUACAGUGUCCGGAGUGAGCAAGCAAUGCUAGAAUGGAAUCGAUUAGAAGGAAACUUGCUACAAACCCACGGGAGAAAGCCAACAUUUUGUCGGUUCUGACGUUCUGGUGGACUAUAGAUUUGUUCCGGAAGGGUUACAACAAAGUGUUGGAGCUUCAGGACCUGUUCAAACCACUGGAAGUCGACAAAUCGGAAGCGCUCGGUGAUCGAUUGGAAAAAAAAUGGUUCGCACAACAGUCCGGCCCGGGACGACCCUCGCUCAUCAAAGCCAUCUUCAGGACGUUCUGGUGGGAGUACACCAUUCUCGGGUUCAUCUGCGUCGUCAACGACAUUUUCAUUCGGUUGGCUCAACCGAUCUUCCUUGGCUGGUUGCUGCAGUAUUUCAGGAAAGAUACCGACGUGACACGUGAAAGUGCGUUGUACUAUGCCGGUGCAAUUGUCCUACUGAAUGCGCUGAGCGUGAUAACCAUCAACCAGUAUAUUCUGGGCAGCUUUCAGAACGGGAUGAAGGUGCGAAUUGCUGUAUGCAGUGUGAUAUAUCGGAAGUCGCUGAGAUUGUCCCGGACGGCCUUGGGAGACACGGCACCCGGUAAGGUGGUCAAUCUGCUGUCAAACGAUGUCAAUCGAUUCGACAUUGUAUCAGUUUUCCUGCAUUCGAUGUGGUCAGCCCCGCUGUUGAGCAUCAUAGUUGGAGUGUUGCUGUAUAUCGAGAUCGGAGUUGCAGGUCUGAUCGGGAUGAUUGUGAUCUUCAUCGUGACACCCAUUCAGGCCUAUACUGGCAAAUUGACCUCCCGGUUUCGACUGCAGACGGCGCUGAGAACAGACGAGCGAAUUCGACUGAUGGACGAGAUCAUAUCGGGGAUUCAGGUCAUAAAGAUGUACGCUUGGGAGAAGCCGUUCGCGAAGCUAAUCAAUCUAGCUAGAAGAUUGGAGCUGAAGAUUGUGAAGAAGAGUGCCUACGUGCGGGGGCUAUACAUGACGUUCCUGUUGUUCACCACCAGAAUGGCGCUGUUCUGUACGAUGAUGGCAAUGGUUUUGUUGGGGAAUGAUCUUACCGCAGCUAAGGUAUUUGUUGUGUCGACUUAUUUUGCAAUCCUAGCGAACACGAUGUCUGCGAUGUUCGUGCGAGGAAUUGCAGAAAUUGCAGAGGCGCUGGUCGCCAUGAAGCGUUUGCAACGCUUCCUUGAGUAUGCAGAGAAGGAGGGAGAAAACGAGGGAGCUAAGGAAAAGUUCCUUAAAGAAUUUGAAGCCAAUGGAGACGUUGCUGAGAAACAGAAAUUGAUCGAGUCGGAUACACAGCUGCCUCCGAAUGUGGCAGUAUCAAUGAAAAAUGUAACGGCUCGUUGGGGAGCAGUUAAGAGACAGGAUGUGCCAGGAACAAAACCUGACGUCAAAAAUGGAUCUGCAUCCGUGCCAAACAUCGUCGAGACCGUUCGGCAGAUGGACGAGGAAGAUGAAUCUUGGAAGACUGCUACACUGUCCAACAUUAGUAUAGAUUUUAGAAAGGGAAUUUUGAUAGGCAUAAUUGGACCGGUCGGAGCGGGUAAAUCGUCAUUAUUACAAGCUUUGUUGAAAGAGCUUCCAUUAGAAUCGGGAACAAUUGUUAGCAAAGGAAAGCUUGCAUAUGUUAGCCAAGAGCCCUGGGUAUUCGCCGGAACGGUACGGCAGAACAUUCUGUUCGGUCAACCGAUGGAAAAAGAUCGAUACGAAUCCGUAGUGCAGGCUUGUGCUUUAAUCAGGGAUUUCGAACAGCUACCGCAUGGCGAUAAAACAAUCAUAGGAGAACGUGGAGCUGCACUUUCCGGAGGGCAAAAAGCUAGAAUUAGUUUAGCUCGCGCAGUGUAUCGAAGAGCCGACAUAUUCCUAAUGGAUGAUCCGCUCAGUGCAGUGGAUGCCCAUGUCGGUCGUCAUUUGUUCGAUAUCUGCAUAGGUCCUCGGGGACGAUUAGGUAGGCUUAAAACAACGAGGAUAUUAGUCACACAUCAAGUACACUUCCUCAAGGAAGCCGACUGGGUGAUAGUAAUGAAUGAGGGUAAAAUAACUAUACAGGGUACACCUUACGAUCUUUCGCAAAACGGAAUAGACUUCGUGGAGUUGCUGGAGAAGUUCGAAGAAGAGGCCGGCGAUGGUGAAAGUUCGAUCAUGACGUCAGAUAAACGAAGCCGUCGCGGUUCACGUGCGUCUUCGAGAUCCAUUGCCUCAUCACAACGUUCGCUGGACGAUCUCACUGAAGAUGAGCAGCACGAAAAGGAGGAGAAGGAUAAAUCCAAAACACCGGAAGCUGAUCAGAAUAUGGAGCAGAGCUCCAAGGGAACGGUUCAGGGAUCGGUUCUCAUCAAUUACGUUCGCUGCGGUGCAAAUCCUGUGAUAUUGUUUGCUUUGUUAAUUCUAUUUUUGGGCACACAGCUAGCGGCAAGUGGAGCUGAUUUCUGGGUUGCCUUUUGGACAUCCCAAGAAGAGCAACGCAUAUUUUUAAGACACAACAGCAGUGAUCAUGGCGGUUUAAUCGAAAGAACCAAUGAUUCUUCCAUUCUUGGAGAACCUCUACCGGCAAUAGAUUCCACUAAUGGAACUCUUCGAAGCACGGAGUUCUGUAUGACAGUUCACGGGGCUCUAGUGAUAAGCAUCUUUCUGAUAGCAAUCUCACGAUCCAUAAGUUUCUACAAAACAUCAGUGCGCGCAUCGCAGAACCUUCACGACUCGAUGUUCAAGGGCUGCGUUUCGACUUCAAUGCGCUUCUAUGACACAAACCCGUCCGGGCGCAUCCUGAAUCGGUUCUCCAAGGACAUGGGAUCCGUCGAUGAGCUGCUGCCAAAAGCGAUUCUCGACGCAACGCAAAUAAUUCUCAACAUGCUUGGCACGAUCGUCGUCACCGUGAUUGUAAACCCCAUGUUCUUAAUUCCGUUAGCAGUUCUCGGAAUCAUAUUCAUCUACCUGAGAAAGGUUUAUCUCAAGACAUCGAAGAACAUCAAACGUCUCGAGGGAAUCACUCGAUCGCCUGUCUUCUCACAUCUAGCAGCUUCGCUAGCCGGUCUUCCUACGAUUCGUGCUUUCGCUGCACAAAACGAAUUAAUCAGAGAGUUCGACUCCCAUCAGGAUAUCCAUACGGCUGCUUUCUACAUGUUCAUCACCAGCAGCACGGCUUUUGGCUUUGCGUUGGAUCUAUUGUGUCUGAUUUUCGUUUUGGUUGUUGUGUUUAGUUUUCUAAUCAUCGAUACACAUAUCUUGGGAGACCGAGUGGGGUUAGCUAUCACUCAGGCAAUGGCUCUAACUGGUAUGCUGCAAUGGGGUAUCCGACAGAGCGCCGAGGUGGCCAACUUUAUGAUGUCGGUCGAGCGUUUGCUCGAGUACCGAGACCUGAAGCCAGAAAAGCAACCCGAUCAGCCAAGGAUUUUGAACAAAGGAUGGCCGGAAGCUGGACGUCUUCUGUUCAAGAAUGUCUCUUACCGUUACUUCGAAGGUGGAAGUCUGGUACUGAAGAAUCUAAACUUUGAGAUCCUUCCGAUGGAGAAAAUAGGAAUUGUAGGACGAACUGGCGCUGGAAAAUCUUCGCUAAUUGGAGCUCUGUUCCGCUUAGCGCAAGUCGAAGGUGAUAUACUGAUUGAUGGAGUCAACACAGGGGAAAUUUCAUUGGAAAAUUUGAGAUCAAAAAUUUCGAUCAUCCCUCAAGAUCCGGUUCUAUUUUCUGGAACACUUAGAAGAAACCUGGAUCCGUUUGAAGAUUUUCCCGACACGGAUCUAUGGAACGCGUUGGAGCAAGUCGAAUUGAAGGAGAUCGCCAACGGACCACUGGGUCUACAAAUGGCUGUUGCUGCUGGCGGAUCCAAUUUCAGUGUAGGGCAAAGACAGUUAAUUUGCCUUGCUCGUGCCAUUUUAAGAAGCAAUCGUGUCCUUGUAUUAGACGAGGCCACAGCGAACGUUGAUCCAAAUACCGAUCGUUUGAUCCAGGAGACAAUCCGCGUCAAGUUUGCCAACUGCACCGUGCUGACCAUCGCUCAUCGUCUGAACACCAUUAUGGAUUCGGACCGGGUGUUAGUAAUGGAUGCGGGCGAAUCUGUCGAAUUCGGCACUCCACACGAACUGCUCCAGAUGCCAGUGGGUGUCUUUAAGGAAAUGGUACUAGCUACGGGACCAUCCGAGUCGGAAAGACUCAUACAAAUUGCCAAACAAAAACACGAUGAAAUCGCGGCCAGCGGAUAGAUGUGAUUAAACGUUUAGGGAAACGGUGCAGUCUGAAGUACAAAAAGUGUCCUUAUGAAUAUUUGUUUUGAACAAACGAUUUCAGGCGAAAUCAAGAACCAAAUAACUUUUCUAUUAACACAGUCUCAUUUGAUAAAGAAUCUGUAACCAGUAAGUUAAACCACACUUCCUUUUACUUAAAAUUACUUAAUUAGUUACGUAUUUACUGAAGCGCAACUUGCU